AUGGCCGCCCCUGUUCCCCCGCCUGCGAAGAAGAGGAAGAAGGAGGGCCCGGCUCGUCUGGAAGAACCGCCGCUCCUUCCGGACGCAGGCUGGCCCGCCCUCCCGCCCGACCUCGUCCGCCGCGUCGCCGACUGCCUCCUGGCCACCAACGACCUCGACUGCUACAUGGACUACCGCGCCGUCUGCUCCGGCUGGCGCGCCGCUACCGAUGACCCCAGGACCAGGAGCGCCGCCUCAGAUCCCCGCUUCCGCCUGCGCCGCUGGAUCGUCCUCGACGACAUCUUCCACAGCCAAGGAGAAGCGAUGCUCCUGCUAAAUGCCGACACCGGCCGCUUCCUCCGCAAGAAGCUCCCGCCGCUCAGCGAUCACUCCAUCGUCGCCACCACUCGCAGCGGCUACUUCGUCCUGGCCAAGAAAAGCCCUCCUCACGCGGCCCGCGUCCUCAACCCUCUCACGGGCGUCGUCAUCCGUUUCGUAGCGCCCGUGGCCCCCGACGUGGGAUCCGCUGAUGUCGUCUUCAUUGGCAGCUCUUGGGUCAAGCUCACCUUGUUCUGCGACGCAUCUCGCAAGGUUUACUGGGCUGGCCACAACAGUAUUAGGUUCUUCGUCCAUGAGCCGAAACAAGAAACUUACCGUUUCUUGCGGAAGACGACCUUAGGUGGUGUCUCCGCAGAUGAUACAAAAGACCCCAUGAAGUCCACUGCUAGUUUAUACAGUUUCUUGGUGGCAGUCGACAUCAUGUUUUUUCCAGUGGGUUUGGCUAGACAUAUGUUCGUCACUAAUGUAGAGGGAUCAAUCUAUGUUUUCAAAAACGAGAUAGGUAAGCUUGUGGCUUUGGACAGCAUCAACAACUAUGCCAUCUUCAUUGGUCACCAGAGGUCCCUGGCCAUUGAUGCCGACAAGUUCCCAGGCAUCGAGGCAAACUGUGUCUACUAUACCGACAUUCUGGGUUCAUCGGCUCAUAUCUGCAAGUGCAACAUCAAGGACAGAAAAGUAGAGAGGAUCUCUGAAGCUGCAGAGUUCGUGAAGCGGGGCAAACAGUUUGUCCUCGUCGCUGACCGUCCUUCGACGAUCAUCCACCUUCUCUCCAGCUACACCAUCAACAUCCCGGAGUCUCAACUGGCCUUGCAACAGAUUCAGUAAGAUGCUGGCAGGUCUUCGUUCAACUCGGGGGAUCUCGAUGACCAACCGACAACACUAUGCUUUUGCUAAGUAAUUGCUCCUAAUUAGUCUCUAGUCUUUUGCUUUGUUAUUUUCGAUAUGCCUUCGGGUAAGAAACAGGUUGAUCCUAGGUUAGAUCAACUUUAGUGGAACUACUGUUUGCUGUCUUACUCAGUACUCCUACUUGGUAUCAACCUAAUGCUUCUAUUGUGAUUGAUCACUUGUUUUUCUCUUGUAUUGCUUCUUAAAAGUGCAAUCUGGUGCUUAA